AAUGGGUGAUGUUCAUGGAACAAGAACAGCUCAAGAGUUGGUUCCCCAUGUGAAAUGGAUUGAAGACUCCAUGGCGCAUUAUCUAUUAAUUCAUCUUCCUGGUUUCGAAAAGGAGGACGUGAUGGUUGGGCUUGCUUACCCAGGCUAUGUGACAAUCAGUGGAGAAAGAAUAGUGAAUGCUGAGAAAUCCAUAUAUUUCGGGCAAGCUUUGAAAUUAGCAGACAAUCUAGACAUGAAUAAGAUCGAUCAAUCUUUUGAGGGUGAAACGUUAUGCCUCACUUUUCCCAAGAGAAUAGGAAAAGAUGAAAACGACCAGUAUCACUGCAGAAAAGCAUUCACAAGAAGUAAUCAACAAUGGGGAAAAUCAAAGAGAGAGAUUGCCAUGAUCCAGAGAAUGAAGAACGAAGCAAGUUAA